AUGAACAGACCUGAAAAAAGAACACACUCUGUCAACUAUGUGUUUUCUUCUAACAAUAUUAAUUAUUUACCCAAACCAGCUUCCUUAAAUACUAUGAAACCUGAACCUUCGCUAAAUAACUUGAAUAUCUCCGUUUCAUCUAAAACUGAAUCCAAUCAUAUCCUUCUAAGAUUAGAAAAGGAGGGUUAUACCACACCAGAUGCUAAAGCAAAGGAACUUAUAACGAGAAAUUUAGCCAAUCAUUCACUGUUUGACCAUCAUUCAAAAGAGAUCAUAACAAGAUUGGAAUUUCAUUUACGAGCUUGGGCAGCAUCUUUGGAACAGAUAUGCUUUUCAGAAAUAGUACUUAUUAAGGAACUUCGAGAUAAAAUUUACAAUUCCCUAGCAAAAUUUGCUGAAUUUCAUCGCAAAAAUAUACAAGUUAUUGAGGAAGGAUUUGAUAGUCUCAGGUCAAAGUUCAAUCCAUCCAAUCAACAAUAUGAUGAAGAUAGCGAAAGAAUUAAAAAGCAUAAUUAUAAUAUUGACUUUUUAUUGAUUCACUUGCGUGAUACACUACAUAGUCUGCGUGAUGAUGAAACCUGGUAUCAGGAAAUUUUAAGAAGAACUAAGGAGUUGUUGAAGACUGUUCUAAAUAUUGCACCAGGAAUUACAAGUAUUGUAGCACCCGGGGUUGCUCUUCCAAAUGAUAAUUGUUCAAUCUUAUCAAUGCUUACCCGAAUACGCCAAGGUUUAAGUUUUAAAUAUCCAGUAGCGACUUAUUAUGUAGAUUGGAGAAUUAUGUUGAUAAUUCAACAUAACCUUUUUAUUUGGUCUGAAAGUGAUGAAAAUAUAAUUGGUAGAAAGUUUGGAGAAAGGAUAUUAAUGGAAUAUCUUUGGAUUUAUUCAGAGAGAGAGUGGAAUAAUUUUGUUGAUAAAACUAUAUUAGAUUCUCAAACUAAACUUGAUGAAGUAUCAAAUAAACUCGUCAAGGCCUUAAGAAACACAGGAAGCUUUUUAAAUGACCUUGCCGGAAAUGAACCAUUCGCAUUACCAGAUAUGUUAUGGUUUGGAAUGUUGGAUCUCGCACAAAAUCUCAUCAAAAAAUUUAAUCAACCAGCUAUUUAUGGUCUUUGUUAUUAUCUAGCAAUUAAGUCACUCAAUAAAGCUCCAAACUCUUUUAUUCAAUUUAAAGCAAUUGAAAUAUUAUUAUAUUUACAAAAUAUCAACGAAUCAUUUUCAAUUGUAAAACUUGAUUUUGACGAAUAUGCUCAAAAAUUGUAUGAUAAUAAUAAUUCAUCAGAUUCUUCAGAAAAAUUUCAAAAUUUAUUAGCAUUUGUUAAAGAAAAAUGUCAUGAAGACUUAAUUAUGCUAAAUAAUGAUAUUGGAAAUGGUAAAGGAACAAUUUUUGAACAGAAUACAUAUUUUAAACAAGAACAAACAUCGGAUCCUUUUAAUAUUUUAGAUGCUAUUGUAAAUGGAAUGACUUGUAGUAUUAGUCAAGAGCCAGAAGGUCAUUUAUGUAUCCUUAUUACAAAAACUAUAUACAAAAACCUAUAUUCGCACCUUAUUUCUGCUGGACAUGUUCUGCCUUCAAUUGAACUGAAACAUUCAGAGAAUAAUCAACAUGAGGAUGAUUGUGAUAAUUCAGAAGUUGACCAUAUAUUAAUUAAAAAAACGAAACAUAAAGAACUAAAUUUGAAUUCAAAUAAAUUACGACCUAAAAAACAACGUCCAGCUUAUCAGUAUGUUAUAAAAGAAUUAACGGAGAAAAAUUAUGAAAGUGCUAUAUCAAUGUGUCAAGAAUAUGUAAAAGCUAAUCAUAAAAGUUACACUAUGAAAUGCAUUUUAGCUUAUGCUUAUAGAUGCAUUAACAACUAUGAGCAAGCGCUAUCAUAUCUAGAAGAUGCUAUUAAAUUAAAGGAAAACAAUCCAAUUGCGUAUUUUAUUCGUGGAGAAAUACUUUUCAGACAAGGUUAUUAUGAAAAUGCGAUACAGGUGUUAGAAAGAUCAAAAAAUCAUAAUAAAUCAAUGAUAUUGUUAGGUAAUAGUUAUUAUUCUAAAGCAGAAAAUGUAAUCUAUGAUAAGGAAGAUAAUUAUGAUAAUGCUUUAAGAAGUUAUAAGUUAGCAUUACAAAAGGAUUCGAAAAAUUAUUUAUGUUUGAAGUACUGUGCACAUAUUUAUAAAAUUCAAGGAAGAUAUUUGGAGGCAUUAGAAAUGUUAGAUAAAUUACUGGAAAUAAAUCAACUUGAUUCAUUAAUACUAUGUUAUUAUGGAGAAAUUCUUAAUUAUCUAGAAAAAUAUAAUGAUUCAAUAUCGCAUUUCUCAAGAGCCUAUCACAUUGAUCCUGAGAAUACUCAUAUUUUAUUUAACAAAGCUAUUACUCAUUAUGAACUUCGAGAAUAUGAAAACGCUCUAUCAGAACUUAAUGAAUUGAUCCAAUUAGAUUCUUCAAAUAGUCUUGCAUAUUUUUAUAAAGGACUAAUAUAUUAUGCAUUAGGAAACGAUGAAAAAACUAAAAUUGAAGUAAAACGAUGUAUAUCAUUUUUCAAUUCUGGUGAUCAUUUAGCGAAAUUUCUGUUAUAUUAUUUAAAUCUUUUAUUUGAUGAUUCGUUUAUUAGCGGAAAUAUUUUAAAUAAUUAUUUAAUGCAAGAAUAUUCAGAUACAAAAUUAUGGUCAUUUUUAUCUGACUAUUUUAAAAUUAGUGAUAACGAUUUUAUUGAACUUGGAAUAAUUAAUGAAUUUCAUAAACUUAUGUAUAAAGUGUUAUCUUAUGAAAAUGAAGUAUUUCCUAUCAUUAUUUUGCCCAAACUCUGCAGUAAUAGUAAAUUAACUUCAUGUUACGUUACUUGGAAAAUAAAUGUAGAAAAGUUAUUAACCAAGAAUUGUUAUGUGAAGUUUAUUGUUGAAAUACUUGAUAUAUAUAGUGAUCGUAUCAUAUGUCAUGAAUUAAUUUUAACACAUGAAGAUGUAUCAGAACUUGUUGGAUUGGGCUGGAUUGAAUAUACACUUCCAUUUGAAGUAAAUAAAUGGGUGCAACCUUCGAUUGACUUAAAAAAUAAAUCUAUUAUUAUGAUUAUAUAUAUUCCUAAAAAAGAAGAUCCCUUACAAAUCUAUAAAUUUCACCCAAAUGUUCCAAAAGUAUUUAACGACAAGUAUUUUUCAAAGAAGGAAAUGGAAAAUUUGAUAGAAUUAACGGAUAUUAAAAUAUAA